UCACUAGGUUUUAGAACAGAACUUAGUCACUAAAUAGCACUGAAUUUGCUUCAAACAUUGAGAGGUGUGUUUUCCCACAGUGCUUCAGUGUGUGUGUUUAUGCACAGGUUAUGAGAUGUCUCUGCUCUACACUCUCUCUGCUCAGUCUGCUCCUGUCCUCUGCUGUGCGUUCUCAUUUGACGGACAGCUGCUCGUCUCUGGGUCUGUUGAUAAAACCGUGACCGUAUAUGAUGCGAAUCAGGGAGAACUUCUACACACUCUGACGCAGCAUGACAGAUAUGUGACUGCAUGUGCAUUCUCUCCCUGCAUGCUGAUGUUUGCAUCUGGCUCUAUGGAUAAGACAGUGAAUAUCUGGAGAAUUGGAGAUGGAAAUGCUGAAGCAUCUGAACCACUGAAAAUGUCAGUCCAAGGAAGGAAGUCCCUGGGUUACUCCAGAACACUGGUCAGCGAUUGGUCAGAGGAGGAUGUGAGCGAGUGGCUCUGUGAUGAAGGACUUGAAGCUCUGGUGGACGCGUUUAGGGCCCACAACAUUGACGGGGCCGAACUCAUCAGCUUAAACACAGAGACACUGACCACUGAGUUUAACAUCGAGUCGGUGGGUCUCCGGGGGCGAGUCCUGAGGAAGAUUAAGGACCUGAGAUCUUCACUGAUGGACUCUGAUGUUCCUGAUGAGUUCCUCUGUCCGAUCACCAGAGAGCUCAUGAAGGACCCCUUCAUCGCUGCAGAUGGAUUUUCCUAUGAAAGAGAGGCGAUGGAGAGCUGGAUCAACACCCCCAACCGCUCCAGCCCGAUGACCAACCUGCCUUUACAAACCACACUACUGACCCCCAACAGAGGCCUGAAGACGGCCAUACAGCGCUGGAGGAGCAGCCACUGAGCGCCGAUCACCAGGACUGAAGACUGCAUGCACAGGUGGAUGACUUUCUUACACACUCUGAGAAAUAUCUAAAUAAAGCUUCCAAAAGGGUGUUUUCACAGUGACGCCAUAGAAGAGCCAUUUUUGGUUCUCCAAAGAACCUAUCAGUGAACAGUUCUUAAAAGAACCAUUUUUUCUAAAUGUGAAGAACGUUUUAAUAAUCUAAAGAACCGGGAAGAUUCCAUGGAUCUUUAAAAAAGGUCUCGUCUUCGAUGCUCAAUUCAUUCUCAUUGACAACAUUAGUUUUAAUAAUAAUCCAAGUAUCGGUACGACAUCAGUAUAUUCUCCUACAACAACUUGAAGCAUUUUGCUUUGUUCAUGUUCAUCUCUUCACAAGCGAAGCGGUGUUGCUGUUUUUCUAGUUCACACAGCUCUGUCUGUAUGACGGCUUCAACAGUGUUGUUCAGCUGAGGGUGCUGCAGGAGUCAAGCUAAUGCUCCUUGAUUUGAAUAAAACCUUUCAGCGGAGGUCAGAAAGACAUACAACUGCGUAAAUGCAUUUCUGCUCAAAAUAGCUCAUUGCUGAGCAUUCUGGGAAAAGCUUUUAAUGGUUGAUUCCACAUGGUUUUUCAUCAUAAAGUUAACAUGUCAGUGACCAAACACUCAUGAAUAAAAUAUACAACACUACCAACAUUGACUGAUUUUGCUUCGCAUGAGCUUCUUUAAUGCUUCAGAUUAAUGCAGACAAAUAAAAAUUGUGCUUACUGGUCAGGUUUAGCGUUAGCUCUUUUUUUUUUUUUUAACUUACUACUAAAACUUAAAACUUUACAUCAGUUUAUGGCUUUAAUAUUGUGGGAGAAAUAAAACGUAAUAUUAAAUGUGGGCUGUAAAGUAUGCUGAAGCCUGCUAGUGUACAUAUAUUUGAUCUUGACAGGUUUUGUUUUUCUAGCGGGACUUAUGGAUUGUAAUUAAUAGACACCGGGUGCAAAAAAAAUCUUUUACAUUAAUAAAAAUAAAAUUAAUAAGAACAACUACAUUUUUGUUUUUGUUGAUGGCUUUAAUACGGAG